UGCACUGUGAACAGGGACGAAUGAGACACCGAGUCAUACACACACACAUUUUCAUGCAUGCUGCUUCUGUCACACACCUUCACCUUGUGCUGCCGCUCCAUCUACACGUGCACAGACUCCUUCUGCAAAGGCUGAGAGGUGCCCCAUCCUUUGACUUGUCCUCCAAACAUUUAUGGAGCCACUUACACUACGACCGGACCCGACCACUGUCAGCCACCGGUGGAGUCCCUCGGAUGAGAAGUGCAAGUGAUCGGAGGGGUUAUGCCAGAAGAGCUGGAGAGAGAGCCUGGAAUCAAGGCACACUCCAUUCAUCAGACAACGCGUCCCUUCACAGGCUUGCAGACCUAAUAACUCAGGCCGGACAAGACUCCUUCAUCUACUUGUCUUGCUCUGACAUGGUCAGAAAUGGAAAAAUUUUAUUGGUGAAGGACACAAGGUGAAGUGUUGAUAUCUGGACAAUUUUUAUUCAGACUCAGCUGUUAAAGUAGGAUACCUUUGAUUUGUGUUUGGUCUCAUAAUGUGGCGGAUGGUUCAGUGUCCUUUUUGGACUUGGUCGAGCUGAACUUGACUGGAGCCGGAAGUGCUCUCGGAGGACUUUGAGGAGUAAAAGCGACAUGCCUUUUCCUAAAAGAAGAACAGCAACUUCCACCCAAAAAAGAAUUGAUUGCUUCACCCUUUUCCCUGGCUGUCAUCAAAUUUGCAUGGGAUUUUAAAGUAGCCACCCUGAUUUCUUCUCUGUUUUUUGUAUCUUCCUCCUCAUUUCUUUUGCUGUCCAGAAUCAGAACCCCUACUUCUUUUUCUGUUCUGCUACUUUUCUUUAGCAGUAAUUCAUCGCCCUGGGUGAGCAGGUGCUGGGGGUGGCCCCUGGAACCCCUGGACACCUGGGCGCCACCGAGCCACCAAAGGCCGGCGAGGCAAGGUAAGGCUCGGUGCUGGGAAGAUGGCCGCUCUUGCCAGCUCCCUUAUUCGCCAACGAAGGGAGGUCAAGGACCCCCAAGCAAACCGACAGAUUGCCAGCAAGCGCAAACCCUGCCCAAAAAGCAACAAGUCACUCUGCCAGAAACAAAUCCUCAUAUUAAUAUCAAAAGUUCGACUAUGUGGCAGUCGAGGGAGAAAAAUGGAAAAAAGACCCGAGCCCCAGCUGAAGGGCAUUGUCUCACGGCUCUACUGCAGACACGGAUUCUACCUCCAGAUGCUGCCGGAUGGCACCAUGGAAGGCACAAAGGACGAAAGCAGCUCCUUUUUGCAGUUCAACUUGAUUCCUGUGGGACUCAGGAUAGUGGCCAUCCAGAGCACCAAGACGGGGCUCUACAUCGCCAUGAACAGCGAGGGCUACCUCUACACCUCGGAACACUUCACACCGGAGUGUAAGUUUAAAGAGAGCGUCUUUGAGAACUACUACGUCACCUACUCGUCCAUCCUGUACAGACAAACCCAAUCGGGGCGAGCCUGGUACAUCGGCAUCAACCGGGACGGACAAGUCAUGAAGGGGAACCGCGUCAAGAAGACCAAGGGUGCUGCUCACUUCCUACCCAAGCUAAUUGAAGUGGCGAUGUACAGGGAGCCCUCCUUACAUGAUGUUGCUGAACAGAGUCCACCUAGAAAAACACCCAAGACCUCCAGUGACUCACCUGUGCUUAACAACGGCAAGAAAGAUGCUCAGUCCAAAACCAAAACCUCCUCUUCCUAGCACUGAGAGACACAGAGGGUGAACAAUCUAGGGUGACAGUCACCAGCGGACAUCUAAAGGACAUCGUUGAUGCAAACUUCAACCUCUUGCCUGGGAUCUGAACCUGAAGCUUUCUGGUGUUAAAGCGUCAAUGCAGGGAGAAGUUUGAGAAGGGGGAAGUCCCCCCUUUUUCUUCUUAGACCUCUACCACACCAGCUCUCCACCUUCUUAUUAAAGAGCGCUCUACGGUCAGCUGAACCUGGGGUGUAUAAGCAAUAACUCAGUAUAGAGCUGAACAGUGGCCUAGUGUUUUAAAGCAUGUCACCACAGCCUGUUUCACCAGCUGGAAGGACGCCCUCCAGCCGUCAUGCCAGCGAGAAUUCCUCCGGUCAACCAAAUAUCCCAGCAAGGUCUUCCUGGUUUCGCCGUGAUGGGUGCAAUGAGAAAAUCUGCACAUUUUUCACAAAUGGCUUUUUAUUUCCCUGCAGGGUUUUCUGCUAAUGUUAGCUUGACACAAAGCCAUGUUAAAGUAAGGCUGUCACACUGUUUCAUCUCUACAGCCAUCUGCUCUGUCCACAUCUUCCGUUUGCGUCAGCGACUUUCAGAGAUGGCCUAGAUCUUGUCAGCCAUGUUUGUGUGUGUGUGUCUAAACAUAUGAAACUUCUUUUCCCUCAUCUUUAGCACCAUUUGAUUUGUGAUCUGGUGUUCUUAAGUAAAAAACUUAAUUCUGUGAUCAUUACAACAUGCACACCAGCACUGGUGCAUUGAUAUACUCACACAGUGACAGGUGUGUAUUUUCUGGGAGAUGAUGAAGAUAUGACGGGUAGUAAUUGUAAUAGCAUUGAAAAAAGCCUUUCUUUUGCACAAACCCUCAAGCGCCACAUAGCAUCUGCGUGUCAUCGUCUUUGACUUAAAAUAUGCAGAAUAGUAUCUUUCAUAAUUAAAUUCCAACUGUGCUACAAAUCUAAGUUAUGUUUUAUAUGCAGAUAAAGAGCCAAAAUGUAAAAUAUGUUUUUUUAUAUUACCAAUCCAAGUUAUUCUGCUAAAUUUUUAACUCUAAUUUAGCCCUAUUUUAUGUUUUUUGCUUAAUUUUAUUGAUAUUUGAAAACUAUGUUAUGUAGUUUGGUUCCACAUGUUGUUGACGUCUAAAUUUGCUGAUGUAAGAAAGGUAAGAGGAGGCUAAAAUGGUAAAUUAUCAAGCAUAUUUCACAUUUAAACUAUGAGAUUAGAGCAGUGUUGCAUUUCUUUUCAGUUUACCUGCUGUGCCCAACACUCAGAGAGAAAAAAAAUUCUCAGUUAUAAGUAUAGCUAACUUUUUUGCCCUAACAAGUCAAAGACUCAAGGUAACGAUUCAGUGGAUAGAACGUAAUGGCCAUUGAGAGUCAAGCUACCAAUUACACAGAUGAGCUAACAACUAUUCAGUGGAGAUAGUUGUUUCUCAGAGUAAAAUAAGAAUACAGCCCAUCUUAAAGCUGUACAGAGUCAAUAGAUAUUCUUAAAUCUGAGCUAACAUCUACACAGGCAGGAGCGCUGUUCAAAUUCAGUUUCACACUCCAAAGGUUAGAAGUACGUGGCUGUGAUAUUAGACUGGCUAAACUUCACAAGGUUUUUCUGCCCUCACCUCAGUAUAACGGUUAUCACCCUCAGCCACCUUAAUAUUCAAUGUUUCAGCAAUGCAAACUUUAAUGUCUCUUAUAACAGAUCUAUGCUCUUCCCCUAACUUUAGUCAUCCUGUGAGCCCCAAGUUUGCUGACAUUUAAACAUUAUUAAUACAAUUCGGAACUUACCUAUGUCUUUUUAAUAGGUUUUACAACAAGUACCAAAGUUUCUUAACAAAGAGGUAAAAGGCCAAAUGGAUAAAGCACACUAUAAACAAUAUAUUUUUUUUCAUAUUAAAUUUCCUGGGUAAUACUGUAUGCCCAGUGGGGUAAUUGCUUAUAGCCUAAUGGUAAUGUGCUACAGAAAACAAAGAGAGUGCCAUAUGUUCAGGAACUGGUUGUAAAGCAACACAAAAGAUCUGGAUGAUGAAAAAUGGGUCGGAUAAAGGAGGCAAAGGACAUUUUAGAAAGGGUAAUUAGCGAUGAAAUGCAGAACAAAAAGAAAUUAAAGAGGGAUUUAUUGCGCCGGACGGAUGCACGUUUUUGCACGCCUGUCCUUUCAUGCAUAAUCCUCUGGUCCCUUGAUCCUAUGGUUGUAAAUAAUUAAAAGUGAUAACCCGUUCGAGCAAAGCAUUGAGCAAAAUACUCUGUUAUCUUGGAGAUAAAGGAAAUUGAAAGCAGUAAGUUGAUGAACAAAUAUUAAAGAAAUUAAAUCUAUUAAGAGAUAAAAUGUGUAGGCAAGAAGGGCUUAAAAAAAUUAAAAAUAUAUAUUUUCUCCAGUACAGAUGCUUUUACACUCACUUUCACACUAAAGGCCUUUAUUUAAUCACUUAAACAGACCUUUGGGAUGGUUGUGUUUAAGCACACAGCCCCAAUGAUCUCUUUAUCCAGUCAUAGCAAAUUAUUUGUGAUUUAUGAAUACUUUAUAAAAUAAGGUUCUAGCAUGCUAGAGAUAUAUUAGUUGGAUAUAAUGUAAUAUUUUUUUUAUGAAUAUGACCAUCUAAGAGAUUUUAUAUAACAUUUUUCCAAGGUUUGGAAGUCUGUGUAGUAGAUUUCCAAGACUGUUUAUUAGUCAUGAAGUUUGAUGUGUGUUUAAAAGAAAGAAUUAAAAGUAAACCUGCUAAGGGCUAAAGCUCUUUUUUAAGGGAAUUAUGUGUGUUAUGCAGUGAAUACUGUAAGGAAUUGUUUAUUUCAAACAGAUAGCAUUUAGGACUCAAUUUAUAGGUUUUAUCAAAUACUUUUUAUAAUACAUUAUGUGUGGUAAUCAGAGAUGGCAAAAGUACUCACUUUCUGUACUUGAGUAAAAGUACAGAUACUUGUGUUAAAAAAUACUCUGGUAAAAGUGGAAGUACUGAUUAAACUUCUUUACUCAAGUAAAAGUAA